CUUGGGCACAAAGCGCUGAAAUGGGAGCGAUGGGGCCCUGGGUUCCCCCAUCCUGCAGCACCAGGGUUGUGGUGGCAGUGGGGCAGUGCUGAAUGUGACACCUGCCCACGCUGAGCCGGGUCACGCUGCCUUCCAUUACCCUAAUUGCCUCUCCAGGAGCCCAGCUGCCGUCCUGGGAUGAAUAAUUCACUGCCUGGAAACAAAACCUCCGGCCUUAAAACCGAUCGGGGUCUGCUGGGCACCUGCUGUGGUGCCACAGCAUGGGGGAGAGGCGCUUGGACGAUGCCCCCAGCAACGCAGUGACCUUUGGAGAGUCUCUGUAGGUCCCUUCCCACGGAUCCGCUUUAUUCUAUGUGGUUCUCAGCAGCCAAAUAGGAACAGCCAUCCCUGCCCUGCACUCUGCCCCCAGCUCUGCCCAAUGCCACCCGCACCACCUCCAGCACCUGCACCAUCUCUGUGCAUCACCUCCAGCAUCCCAUCAACCUCCAUCAUCUCCUCCACCCAUUGCUUCCAUCAUCACCUCCAUCCAUGGCUUCCAUCACCUCCAUCUCUUCCACCACUCGCAUCCACCACCAGCACCUCUCUCCACCUCUCCAGCACCACCACCACUGUGGGCAGCAGAGGACCCAUCCCCGGGCUCUGCUCUUUUAUGGAGGCAGAUCUCCAGCUGCCCAGCACCAAUUCCCCCGGGGGGCUCAGCAGCAGCACAAGGGGCACAGACCCCACAGACAGCAGCCAGGACUGCUGAGAGCAGCGGCUGCCCUCAGAUCGGCCCCCACUCACGGGUCCACCGCCAUCCCCUCCCCCGGUGCCCCCAGCAGAGCCCUUUGGAGCAUCCCUCGCCCACCCGGGGCUGCGUGCCCGCCUCGAGGCGGGCGCCAUCCCCCCCUGACGUCACCCUGCACCGAGUUCUUAAAGGCCGCCCCAACCCCUCCCAGCCCUGGGAGAUGCUGUGCAGGUGACGCCGGCGAUGUCCCCAGCACCUGAGCCCUGAGGGCCCCACUGCCAUGGGGAGCGUUCCACUGCCCGCCUGCCUGCUGGCGCUCGGCCUCGCCGGCACCGUCCUGGCCCCAGGCUGUGGGGCUGCAGAGGGCCGGCUCGCCCACAAGCUGUUCCACGACCUCUUCGCCAACUACUCCAGCGCCCUGCGGCCCGCCGAGGACACGGAGCGGGCGCUCAAUGUCACCCUGCAGGUCACCCUGUCCCAGAUCAUCGACAUGGACGAGCGGAACCAGGUGCUCACCUCCUACCUGUGGGUCCGCCAGGCCUGGCUGGACGCCCACCUGGCCUGGGAUAAGGAGGCCUACGGUGGCAUCGACAGCAUCCGCAUCCCCAGCAGCUACGUCUGGAGGCCCGACAUCGUCCUCUACAACAACGCCAACGAGCGUUUCGGCGGCUCCAUGGAGACCAACGUGGUGCUGCGCUCUGACGGACACAUCAUGUGGGACGCUCCCGCCAUCACCAAGAGCUCCUGCAAGGUGGACGUCUCCUACUUCCCCUUCGACGGGCAGCAGUGCCACCUCACCUUCGGCUCCUGGACCUACAACGGGAACCAGAUCGACCUCCGCAACCGCCUGGACACGGGCGACCUGACCGACUUCGUGGAGAACGUGGAGUGGGAGGUGCUGGGCAUGCCGGCCACGCGCAACGUGGUCACCUACGGCUGCUGCUCGGAGCCCUACCCCGACGUCACCUACACGCUGCUGCUGCGCCGCCGCGCCUCCUUCUACAUCUUCAACCUGCUGCUGCCCUGCAUCAUGAUCUCCUUCCUGGCACCACUGGGGUUCUACCUGCCCGCCGACUCCGGGGAGAAGGUGUCUCUGGGGGUGACGGUGCUGCUGGCUCUCACCGUGUUCCAGCUGCUGGUGGCGGAGAGCAUGCCGCCCUCAGAGAGCGUGCCGCUCAUCGGUGAGCCCAGGGGAGGGCACGGGGCGCCCGGCGGUGAGAUCCGCACCCCUCAUCGCCCCUCUUGCCCCAUAGGGAAGUACUACAUCGCCACCAUGACCAUGAUCACCGCCUCCACCGCUCUGACCAUCUUCAUCAUGAACAUCCACCACUGCGGGCCGGGCGCCCGCCCGGUGCCACCCUGGGCACGCCGCCUCAUCCUGCACCACCUGGCGCGCGCCCUCUGCGUAGUGCUGGUGGGAGAGUCCGCCGGCCGGCCACAGAGAGAGGGGACGGGGAGGACGGGGCCGAGGGACCCCCCCGGAGAGGGCGCGGAGCCGGGGCUGUGCCCCCACAGCCGCUGCCUCUGCCACCACCACGCGGUGCUCAGCAGCGUGGGGUACAUCGCCGGCGUCUUCCGACGGCACCGCACCGCCCAGCGCCACGCCGCCGAGUGGAAGAAGGUGGCCAAGGUGAUGGACCGCUUCUUCAUGUGGGUCUUCUUCCUCAUGGUCUUCCUCAUGAGCGUGCUGGUGAUCGGCAAUGCUGCCUGAUGCCCGCCCCGCGCCCGGUGCCCCCGGCCAGCCCAUCCCCACGGUGCCCAUGGAGCUCACGCCCAGGACAGCACUGCAGGCCGAGGCGCACAGUGCCCAGUGCCCCGACUGGGAGGAGCUGCACUCAGUGGCAAUAAAGCUGGCAGUGCAUCCCCUGCAUCCCACCUCCAGCCCGGGCCGCGCAGAGCCUUUCCCUGGGGCUGUGCUUGUGUCCAUGCAUGGGUGUGUGUACGGAAGUCUGAGCAGAACAAGGCUGCAGGAACCCUUUGGGGGGUGUAGUGAUAGAACAA